UGGAAAUGACACUGUACCGUUGUGUAGAUGUAGCUGCUGGAGUUUUUAGCACAUGGCAACAUUAUUGUCCCGCAUUUGUGUUGUCUUAACAUGGAAUACAGUGUGGAUGACCGAGAGCAAACAUGUGCGGCACUCUAUGGAUGAUGACCUCUUGUUGCCCUAUGCUGGUACUCAUGGACCAUCUCAUUCCCAUCGACAUGUAAGGGACUGUCAGCCGCUCAUCUACGGAAACUUGACCCAUGAAACGUGGCCUGCUAGCACACACCCUGGGGUUUCUUUUGUAAAAUCCAAGGCUUUUCUCUAUAAGAACUGGAGUGGCCACAUCACUGAGGUCUAUGACCCUCUGAGGACAGUGUCCGUGCUGGAGCCUGGAGGCCCAGGAGGUUGUAAGGAAUUCCGGAGAGAGCUUGUGGAAACCACUGCUAAAACAAGGAAGUGUGUAAUUGCACAGAAUUGUGGAUUUUUUAACACACAUACCGGACAGUGCCUUGGAAAUAUUGUGAGUGAUGGCAGACAGGUAAAGAAUAGUGGAGGAGUGCAGAAUGCUCAGUUUGGCAUCAGGGAGGAUGGAACGCUGGUGUUUGGUUAUCUGUCAGAAGAGGAGGUUUUGGACAGAAUAAACCCUUUUGUGCAGCUGGUCAGUGGGGUGGUGUGGCUGCUCAGGUCGGGAAAAGUUUACAUCGAAGAGAGCAUCCGGGCUGAAUGUGAAAAGACUCAGGAGACCGGUAACUUGCAGAGGUUUGUUGACGUGAUCUCGGCUCGGACAGCAGUCGGCCAUGAUACUGAGGGCAGACUCAUUCUCUUCCACGUUGAUGGCAAGACAGACACCAGAGGUAUGAACCUGUGGGAGGUGGCGGAGUUGUUGAAAGAACAUGGAGUCAUCAAUGCCAUUAAUCUGGACGGAGGCGGCUCUUCCACUUAUGUCCUUAAUGGGUCACUGGCAAAUUUCCCUUCAGAUGAGUGUGAGGAUAAGAGUUGGUACUGCCCACGGGCCGUGUCCACUGUACUGUGUGUGCAUGAGCGUCUCUGUCAGCCUGAGGACUGCAGCCAGCAUGGGACCUGUGUGAACGGCCAGUGUGAGUGCCAACCCGGCUGGGCCGCGCCCACAUGUGCCAAUCUAACAUGCCAGCCAUCAGCCUGUGGAGAGCAUGGGCUCUGCACUUCAGAUGGCUGUGUGUGCGAUGCAGGGUGGAGAGGUGUGAACUGCAGUCAGGAAUGUACAGCGGGUUUCUAUGGUGAUGAGUGUAAGAAGACAUGCACAUGUGUAAAUGGAGGAAGCUGUGACCCUGUGCGUGGGCGCUGCACAUGUCGUGCUGGAUUUCAUGGAGAUUCCUGUGAGCAAGAAUGUCCUCUAGGCUUCUACGGGCUGCACUGUUUACAGGAGUGCCAGUGCAGUGACCUUUGCCCUUGUGACCCAGUAUCGGGGAGCUGCAACGCCACAUUCCGCAGCGAGAGAAAUACCAGUCUGCACCGAGCUGGUCACUGCCUCGCCAUCCAAAUGUGGAAGGAGUGGAGAGAGCAAGAGAAGCCUUAUCUGUCAGAGCAGAGCUGGGUGGUUAUCACUGCUACCUUGGCUGCAGUCUUGCUGACCAGUCUCAUUGGAAACUUAAUCCAAGUGUGUGGAAAAUGCAAAGGGCGUCCUCAGCAGGAGUAUUCCUAUGUACCUCUGAAGGAAGUUAAUGGGCCAAGGGACAGUCCAAAUCGCUCGACGAUGCAACCUGCCAAAGCCCUCUUUCAACCAGAUGACUCUGAUUCAGAAGAAUCCUUAUAGUCUCUCUGUCUGUCUAGGUCUGUCUGUCUAGGUCUGUCUGUCUGUCUGUAUGUAUGUAUGUAUGUACAGUAUGUAUGUAUGUAUGCAUGUACAGUAUUUAUGUAUGUAUGCAUGCAUGCAUCCUUAACAACAACAAAGAAGUGUUCGUACAUGCAGGUUUGUCCCUUACAUGGCUUGUGCUGUCAAGAGUGACCGCAACAUUCUCAUUGACAAUAACAUUUAAUAACACAGCUUCUCAAAAUAAAAACCACAAGCAAACAGGAGUGUAUAACAGAAAACCUCCUGUGUUUCAGAGUCUCCAAAUUCAACUAAUGGCAUUUUAGAAUAUGGACAUCUGUGCAUGGCCUUAACAGAAUUGUUAUGUAAGACAUCAUCAUAGUCAUUGGCAUGUUGUGAUUACUUUGUAUUACUCAAGUCAGUUUACAUUAACUUAAUAACUCAGGAACUGCUUGAAAACUAACCUCAGACAUGAACAUUGACGGCUGCUUCGUGUUCUUGAUGUUUUUGUAUUACUUGUUGCCAUAGAAGCAGACCAGAAGUGAACUGCAAAUCCCAUAAUAAGAUAUGCCACUGUAUUUACUUUUUAUUUUAUUUUUACUUGGAAAACAGACUUACUCGGCUUGGCUCACAGCCAAGUACAUGUUGUAUUAAGCAAUUUCCUUGGACAUACAUUGUAAAAAUCAUGCCCUGAUUUGUUUUUAUAGACUUGAAGAAACCAAAACAAGGACAUUUUAAAUGGACUCUGACCUUGAUACAGCGAGUCCGCUUAGCAGGAUUUGUUCACUCAAAAGAAGCAGCAUCACACCUAAAUAAAUGAGACAUGGAAGGGCAGGAUUACCUGAGUCGACCCUUCAGUUUUAGUGCCUUAUAUUACCUGCUGACUCCAAGACAACAGCAUUUUUAUCAGUAUCUCCUUUUUGUACACUAUUAGAACAGGGUACAACAGAAUGGAUUGACUAGUUUUAAUAUGAAAUGUUUAUGAAUUUUCUGAACAGGUUUUUUAAUGAGCUUAACAGUCUUCGGUUACUGUACAUACCCGACCAAAAAAAUUUAUUUACACCAUAUUACUAGCAUUCUUAUUCAUACUAUAAAAGAGGAAUGGGGACAGUGUAUUGAUGUGAUUGUUUAAUACAGUAAAAUAUAUAACUGUUGGUUAUUAUUGUGCUUCCACUUAGUUAUUACUUCUGACUGAAAAUGUAAAGUGACCAUUUCCCAACCCAAGCCUGAGCAAAUGAUGUGUGUCAAGUUUCAGGAUAUUUUGAGGGGUGUAUUUCAUUUCAUUUCAGUAUAUAAUAAAUUACCACAAAAUUGAAAGCAAAAAAGGACUAGAAAUUAUUUAGCUUUUAACAUCUACAGUACUGAACUGUGCUGCAAAAUUUGAAACUUGAGCUAACCCUCAAAAAGUCAGACUUUCUUGAAUUUUUAAUGUAGACUAAUGACUAGCCUCUCCAGGCUUCCUGAAGGACUUUUGUGGCCAGUUUCAAAGGAAUGUUUUUUGUUUAAUAAUCCACAUAGUGGCCUUUGAAUUAUUCAAACUAAAUCUAAUUUAAGGCAUGGACCAGUGAGAAACGGGCGCAGAUAAUGACCGAUGAUUAGGUUGGUGAUCAGUAUACUGCUGAUUCUGAAUGCUAAGUGGUUGGAACAUGCAAGAGAGGAGAUUUUUCAUGUACCUUUAGGCACUUUGCAAAACAUUUGUUCCCAUUUCUUGAAUUUAAUUCAAUAAUUAGUUUUUAUUUAAUAUGAUGAAAUUAGGGGUGGCUCAAAGCAUAGUAAAUGCUUAAAAAAACAGAAAUUUGCAAACCCUUUUCAGUUUUCCUGUUUUCACAAAUUCUUCCGCAUGAUGUGAACCCAGAAUGAGUCAGUGUGGUUAAAGCAGGCAAUGGGACCAAUGGGUUUCAAUUAUUGUGUUUGUUCCACCCUGCUUUUGUUUGACCCAGUAUAACUUUUUUUUUUUUUUUUCUAGCUUUAAUAGUUCUGCUUGCUCUGAAAGCAUUUUUUUUUAAUGUAUCGCAAACAUUGUCCUGAUGCAGGGAACACCUUGAACUGCUUGAAGGUGCGCUUAUGGCUUUUGUGUCACUGCUGCUGCUGCUGCUACUCUGACUGCAUGUGUGCUAGUUCUCUAAUUUAAUUUAAGGGUUUUUUUUUAUCUGGUGUUUUAGGUAUUGAAAUGUACACUUAUAAAUUUAUACAUGAGGUUUUAUACAAAUUUGUUAGCAUUAGCUGUAUGUAUGAUUCAUUUUUUUUAGCAUCCCAGUGACAAUUAUGACAGUUUGAUCAAUUUAGUUUUGAGGACCUGAAUUUUCAAGUGAAAUUUUACACUGCAGUGUUCUUUAAAAGUCUGAAGCCAUCAAAUAUUUGUAUAGAAAAUUUUAUUUGUGUAGCAAAACGCAACAUUCAUAAUGGUAUUUUACUAUAAUUUACUACUGUACAGUAUCUUGAUAUGUGUUUCUAAAGAUGCUAUAAUGUCUGAUGUUUAAAACAGUACAUUUUUAUUAAUAUUAAAAAGUGUUGAAUUAUGUAAAACAGAUGUUUUGUCCUUGACAAUAUUGAUACAAAUUCAAGGUAGCUGUUUUUUUUCCCACUCCCACUAACUUCUUAUGUAAUUUCAACAAUACCAUUGACCGUACAGACUGAAUAUUAUCUAAUGAAUUUAGUUGGAUCACC